AUGUAUCAAGAGUUUAUCGCCGUUAUCGCUGCAAGGUUAGGGCUCAACCCCACCAUCAGUCAAGGAAUCGACGCCAAAGCUGAGAAUGAUGAACGAAAUCAAGGAAGACGAAAAGGAAAGAUUAAUCUGACAUCGACGCCCUGGAUGCACGCUACUCUACGCCCACCGACCCCCAGACAAGGCGUUCCGCCACCGCCCGUCACCUCGUCUCCCUUGGCGAUUGGCAAUACUCCAGUCCUGCAGCUGCGCAACAUCAUCCCUGACAAAGACACGCACGCCUCUGUCUAUCUAAAUCUCGAAUAUGACGAUGUGUGCCUAGUUGGAAAUCUUUCAUGCUCCAGGUGGGAAGGUCACGAAGGAUUUGUUUCCAGCAAUGAUGCGAAAGGCGAAAGAGCGAGUGGCGUCUAUCCAGAUGAGUUUUACUAUGCGGACCAGUUUCAUAACAGUGAUGCGCUGCCCGGAUAUGCGUCUCUUGGGGAAGAGAUACUGGCGCAGUUUCCCGGCGGGAUUGAUGCGUUCUGCGGUGCGGCGGGGAGUGGGGGAAUGCUGAUGGGCGUCUCUAGUGUCUUGAGAACGAAACGGCCUGAAACCAGGAUUGUUGUCCUAGAGCCUGCGUCUUUGCCCGUGAUUUCAGAGGGCGGCGCGGGUGUGCACGGUUUUGAAGGCAUUGCACCGGGUUUCGUGCCACCGCAUUUGGCUCGAGAGAUGUAUGAUGAGGCGUGGGGGAUCGACGAGGCGAGGCGAGGGCUAUGUGUCGGAGACUCGCCAGGGAAGAAGGCAUUUUCUUGUCGGGACGUCGACUGGGCUGAAUGUCGUUGCUGCUGUGAGAUUGGCAAAGGAGCUAGGCCGGGGAAGACGGUGGUCACUAUUGCUUGCGAUUCCGGGUUGAAGUAUUUGAACGGGGAUCUUUUGGCGGAUAGUUAG